AUGAACACUGCUUGGGUCAGUGAGCCCUGGGCUACGGGCAGCAAACGUGCUACCGGAGAGGAAAUCCCCACCCUGUUAAUUUUGCCUGUGUUCCCAGGUCACCCCAGAUUAGCCAUGGCAGUAGCAGCCAGGAAAGGCAGGACUACAGCCUCCCCACACACCAGCAUAGCCACCACGGCUUGGCCAGGCUCCCUGGACAGCUGGUUUAGCUGGAUCCCAUUACCCAAAUGGGCGCUCAUCACCGUGGCUGUGGCAGGGGCCAUUCUCCUCCUUCUCUUCCUCAUCUGCAUCAUCAAGUGCUGCUGUACCAAGAAGAAGCACAAGAAGAAGGAGAGAAUUGGCUUGUGCGCCAUCAGCAACUCCACCACGAUCAACCUUGUGCGUCCUGCCUUCCCCUCAAUCCCACCUCCCUCCCAUAUGAGGGGUUUGCUGCUGCACUUCCCAGCCCCAGGGAUGGUGGGAGCAUGGCAUAACAGGGACAUGGCUGAGUGUUGCUCUCUGCCACAGGUCCAGCCUGAGAUGGAGGACCUGGAGUGGGAAGUAGAGCAGAAGAGGCAAGGAAAGCUGCAGUACUCCCUGGAGUACAACUUCCGCAUACAGGAGCUGAAAGUUGAUGUGAAGCAGGCAGUUGAGCUGAGGGCCAUGGACAGCAGAGGCACAUCUGACCCAUAUGUGAUUGUCUACCUAAUGUCUGAUAUCAAGAAGAGAUAUGAGACCAAGGUUUACCGCAAGAACCUGAACCCCAUCUUUAACGAGACCUUCACGUUCCAGGUACCCCAGGCUGAGGUGUCUAAAUCCACACUGGUGAUGCAGAUCUAUGACUUCAACCGCUUUUCCAAGCAUGACAUCAUUGGUGAGGUUCGGCUGCCCCUGGCCAGUGUCAACCUGCAGCAUGUCAUCAAGCAGUGGAGUGACCUGGCGGUGGCCAGUAAAGUGGAGGAAGAGCAUCUGGGUGAGAUCUGCUUCUCGCUGCGCUACGUCCCCAGCACUGGCAAGCUGACGGUGCUCAUCCUGGAAGCCAAGCAGCUGAAGCGGAUGGACUCGGAUGGACUCUCAGAUCCUUUUGUCAAGGUGCAUCUCAUACUGAACAGGAAGAAAUGGAAGAAAAAAAGGACAAGUGUGAAGAAAAACACCUUAAGCCCUUACUUCAACGAGGUAUUUGUUUUUGAGGUGCCUUUCAGUCAAAUCCAGAAUGUGGACGUGGUCAUCUCCGUCUGGGAUCAUGACAAAGUGACCAAGAACGAGCCCAUGGGCAAACUCUUCCUGGGCUGCCGAGCCACAGGCAGCCAGCUGCGGCACUGGUCCGACAUGCUGUCCAACCCACGCCGGCCCCUCGCCCAGUGGCACAUCCUGCAGCCCCCAGACGUGGUGGACAAAGCCCUGGGACUGAAGUCCCACCUCAAGCUGCCCCUGCACUCCAGAUAGUGGGGGUCCCAUUCUCCACCCAGGGAGCAGGAUGGUGGGCUUGUGGAAGAGUGAGGGGGUUUUGCUCAGCCAACUCUAGACAUGUUGGUCCCAGCUCACUCUCAGCAAAGAGACUGGGACUCCUUCUGGCCAAGGUAUGGCUGCUGGUGCAGCUUGUGCUCUGUGUUGCA